AUGACAAUUUACGACCCCGCUCCCGGCCCUUCUAGAGCUUCUCGGAUCACUCUACCACCAAUGAUGAUGGUACCACAAGCUCAUCAGCGUCCACUCGACUACAACAAUCAUGACCUUUCUCAAGCAUCCUAUCUGCGCCAUCCUUACAUGGCGCAAGCCGAAUAUGAUUAUGAUUACGAAUUCGCGACCAACAUGAGUUAUCAUCAACCCAAUAAUGACUACCACCAACUCCCCCAGGAUCCCGGUCACCCGGUCGAAAUGCAGUCUGCUCAAAAUAACCAUGAUACCGGCGGCGCACUUUCUUUGUCAUUGCUAGUGGCUGCCGCGCACGCUGCUCAAGCCGAUAUCACCUACGGACCUUCCCCCAUCCACUUCACGUCUGCCUUGCCGCUAUCCUGUGAACUCGGUACUUCAGGGAACUAUUCACCGGCUUUGACUUCGGUGGACCCUCAAGGCAACUGGCCAUCCGUUGGCCUUGGCACGAGUGACUCGGAUCGACUAGCCCCGUCUCCACCCCAAACUCCUCUUGCUACACCUGACGUGAUAUACGAUACCUCUAUGAUGGCCUGUUGCAGAAAUCACAGCGACGGGCCAACUUCUCAUGAAGGCAAGUGGGAGAUGGAUAGGAUUACCGCAGAACAUCCAUAUAUCCAUAAGCCCUCUCUUCCGCCCCUUUCGCACAUGGACUACCCCCAUCAGUCCCUCGUGGCACACCACGGCCACCACGUCCACCCGACCGAGUUUCCGGUUCACCACCCAACAAUCCCAAACAGUACUUCGCCCAUCGAGAGAUCCCAAAGCUGCAAUCUCGCAAGUCGCCCUGUCAUCAAAAGAACAUGCAAAAGAAAAAGAGGAGCAAUUAAGUCUGAAGGCUCACUUGAUCUAGCUGGAGCAUCGCCAGGUUCCCAAAGCAGCCUCAGGAACGAGAAGCCAAAGCAGGGCCGCAAGAAAAGAAGCGCCGGCUACGUCAGGCCCAUAAUUAUCCAUCGUAAACGCGUCGGGCAACGAUUGUUGGAUAUGCUCAAAAGCGCCCCUACCCCCUCGAAAGCGCCUUCCAUGGAGAUUAGUCGUGCCAGGUGUUUCCCUUUCGCGGACAUGAAAAACAAGUUGAGGGAAUGGUACGGGUUACAAAUCGAAUGGCCGGUGGAGGCCCCAUUCCGCGUUGACGAGUUACGCAGUACCAGAAGAAUGCGCUUAGAUGAGUUGGAAAGGUUGGAUAAGACGUUGGACGGCGGUGAAGUCAAAUUGCGCUUGUCGGAUGAAGUUUUGGCCGAAGAGCCCCACCGCGCCGACGAGUUUAGCUUUCCAAGCGACGGUCAUACGGAGGAGCAAUCUAACUAG